AGAUUUGACGUUGUUUACUUAAUUUAUACUCUAAGAAUUACAUCGACGUGCUACUGGAUGUGCCAGCACAUAUUUACGCCUUCCGCGUAUGGAGUAGCGUUAAGCUGAACGACAGAACAAUAAUAAUUACAUUUGUUUACGAUUGUAAAUGUAAUAUCAUGUUGAAGCAGACUUUCUUUUUGUUUCUUUUAACUCUGUAUCUCUGUAAACACACAGCAUUUGGUGAUGCAGAAGUGGCCGUCAGUGCUCCCGCAACAGUGAAUCUACAGGAAUUUUCUUCAGAAAACAUCACCAUUACACUGAGUUCACCGCUGAACACAUCUGUAACGGUUUAUUUCAAUAUCACUUAUGAAUCAAAUAAUGUGUCUUUAAUAAUUCAACUACCCAAUGAGGUUGUUGUACCAGCUGGAAACACAUCUGUAUCUUUUGCAGUGCAGGCAAAAGGGGUUGGUCAGGUGACCGCGUACCUUAGCAGCAAUGACACUCGCAUAAAAAGUUUAGAUGCACGGAUCAGAUUCUUGAUCGUCAGGAGCAAUGCCCUUUUCAUCAUCAACCAAAUCAUUGGCUGGAUUUACUUUGUGGCCUGGUCUGUGUCGUUUUACCCACAGGCAUACGAGAACUGGAAGAGACGCAGUGUGGUUGGCCUUAAUUUUGAUUUCCUCGCUCUCAACCUGACUGGAUUCAUCGCCUACAGUGUGUUCAACGUUGGCCUUUUCUGGGUGACGUAUAUUCAGGAGGAAUUCUUGAAGAAAGAUCCAAACGGAGUCAUUCCUGUGGAUGCCAAUGAUGUGUUCUUCAGUCUCCAUGCAUUACUUCUCACUCUGGUCUAUAUCUGCCAGUGUGCCAUCUAUGAGAGAGGUGGGCAAAAGGUCUCCAAAGUGGCCAUUGGGUUAUUAGCUAUCGGCUGGACCUUUGCAUUUGUCUCUCUGUUUGUGGCUGUGGCAAAGAAAAUCUCCUGGCUGGAUUAUCUGUACUAUUUCUCCUACAUUAAACUGGGUGUCACACUAGUGAAAUACAUCCCUCAGGCUCACAUGAACUACCGCAGGAAGAGCACAGAGGGCUGGAGCAUCGGCAAUGUGCUGCUGGACUUCACAGGGGGCAGUUUCAGUUUGAUCCAGAUGUUCCUUGAGGCCUAUAACAAUGAUAAAUGGAGGUUUAUAUUUGGAGACCCUACUAAGUUCGGACUGGGCGUCUUUUCCAUAUUCUUCGACAUUUUGUUCAUCAUACAGCAUUAUUGUCUGUACAGGAACCGAGAGCCGAUGUAUCAGGAUUUAGAUGAACAAAAUGAUCAACACAGCAGUGUGAAAACCUGACCGGGGACAUGGAAUAACAUGAAGAUUUCAUAUGGACUUAUUAAUAUCACUUUUUGAUUACUAUUUUUCAAGUGUGACCUGUUUAUAAAAGGGAACUAUAUAAUUGUAUAUAGGCUUUUAGUUUCAUAUAUAUAUAACCUUAUUUCAUAUUCAAAUAAACAGUAUGGUCUCAGGUGAAUUAUUAGAGCUGGUGCUGUACUGAAAUUAAAGUGUUGAACGCAGCACUUCAAAAUUA